AUGGUCAGCUUUAGAGAGAUUACGCUGCAGCGAAUUGGAGAGGAAAGCGCGCCGUCCCGAAUAUGGAUGGUCAGCUGGCAUUAUAGUGGCAACUUCCUCGCUUCUUGUGGAGAUGACAAGGCUGUUCGAAUUUGGACUUUCAAUCAAGGUAUUCAAUAGUUUUAUUAUAUAUAUAUGUUCAUGAAAAAGAAAGUUACAGAUUCGAAGCCACACUUGGACUGUCGAACAACGUUAGACGAUAGUCACACGAGAACAAUUCGAUGUGUCAACUUUUCCCACUGUGGAAAACUGCUCGCAUCUUCCAGUUUCGAUGCUUCAAUAGUCAUUUAUCAGCAAGAAGAGUAAAUUUGGACGUUUUUCCUCGAAUAAACUCCUUCAUUUCAGCGGCGAUUAUUCCGAGGUGAACAAAUUGGAGGGACAUGAAAGCGAGGUAUCAUUUUCUUUUCUUUUUAUCAUUUUAAAUCAUUAGCACUAUUUAUCCGGUUGUGAGAUACAUAUUUCCUUUAAAAUCUAUUACUUUGACUUUUCGAAGAAGAGGAUGAUAAUGGGUUAAAAAUAAAAAGAGAAAAACGAGGAAAAUCCGAAAUGAACUUUUGAUAUACAUAGCUGUAAGUACUGUUCUCAGCGCCUUUCAUCGAAAAUUUGUUUUCCGAGAUGGAAGGAAUGUUAAAAAAGAAAAAAGUUAAACUUAAAAAAAACCAUUUUUCACGAUUCAAAAAAACCUGGAAAUAUGUUCAAUAAAAAUUGUCGAGGCACUUUGGGGACUUUUCGAAAUUUCAUUGACUCAGCCUUUUUUUGACUAAUUCAUUUACAUUGUUCGAUUUUCAAUAAUGACGAUUCAGGUGAAAUGGUGCGCUUUUUCCCCGAGCGACGAGUUUUUGGCGACUUGCAGUAGAGACAAGAGCGUGUGGUUCUGGCAAGGUAUCGUUUUCCGUCUCACUCAUUUCACGUCUUCUAUCAUUUCAGUUGAUGAAGACGAUGACUUCAACGUAUCUUCAAUCCUACAACCACACACGCAGGACGUCAAGUUCGUCGUCUGGCAUCCCAACGAAGACGUUUCAGAGAGAGAAAUUAGUAAAAUACAGCUAUUAUCGUUUGCAGCUGCUCGUUUCUUGCAGCUACGACUUUUCGAUCAGGUUUUUCCGUUAUGAUGGGGAAGAUUGGGUGACGCAGCAGAAAAUUGAUAAGGUGUGUGGUCAUUUUUUCAAAGAAGAAAGAGAAUCUAGGCGCACGACGGGACGGUCUGGAGUGCUGCUUUCGACGCUGACGGUCAUCGACUCAUCACUGUUGGAGAAGACCACGUCAUCCAGGUGAAGCUCUUCCUAGUUACGGCGGUUAUGACGUUGAACUUAGAUUUGGAGACGAGAAAAUGUCGGAGCAAAGUCGGCGACGGCUGACACGUGGAAAUCUGUGGCCAAGUAUCUCGUGGAGGACACGCGAUGGCCUUUGUACUCCGUAUCGUGGAACCAUGUCACGGGGCUCGUCGCAACGGCAGGCGGAGACUCUAAAAUCCGGUCAGUGUUGUAGAGUUUCAUUAUUUAGAAAGGGUGGGAUGUUAUAUACCCAAUCAAAGAUACUUUCUUAGGGGUUCGGAACAGCUCUGACGCAAGUUUCACGUUUUUUUAAAUCAAGGUUUUCGAAGGCACUAAAUUUGUCUACGCGAAAAAUUCGGGCACUUUUCAUUUCGGAUUGACAAAGUGUUCUUAUACAUGAGCACGGAAAAUUUUCAAAGUUCAGAGCCGCCGUAGUUGAAAGGAGAUGUGCACAAAUUAACUUUUUUUGUAUUGUUCAUAACUUCAAAAGAAGCUUUUCCCAUGAGCAUUUUCACCGGAGAUUCCAAGGAUGUCUCUUUUUCUUUUUUUCUUUGUGUAUAGCGUCGUAUGAAUUUCAACUUGAAACACUUCAUGACUUUUUGGAAAAUUUAACAGUAUCUCCUGAUUUCUUAUAUCGAAAAGCGGUGCUAGGACACAAGCGUUUUAUUCCAUACUUAUUUCCAAAUGGAUUAUAAUGAAAAAACAGCGGGUAAGAAGCAUAGAUCAUCCAUUCUAAUUCAUUAAAAAAAUUAAAUUAUAAAGGAAAAAAAGAGGUUUGAAAAAAACGGAGAACGCACUCCUGUUCUAGCACUUUAAAACCAUUCAUUUGAAUAUUAGCCUAGAAGAAAAAAAUGAUUUCAAAAUUUUUCGAUCAUUUUCAGUUACAAACCUAGUUUUUUUCUCAAUAAUUUUUUUCUUGAAGAAUAUUCCAAGUAGCGGGCUCAGCGGAUGAUGAACGGAUUGAGCCGCUGGGCGUGUGGUCGGGCCACGACGGAGAGGUGAACUGCGUGGCUUGGUGUCCGGCCGCCGACAAGGCCAACAUUUUGGCAUCGGCCUCCGACGACGGCUCCGUCCGCCUUCUUCAGGUCGAACUCUAG